AUGGCGUGCACGAUGCUCUUUCCGUUUGUCUUUUCGUUCUUUGUCGUGCCUGCGGCAGCAUCGCCGGUGUCUCCGCACGCCCCGCUCUUGGCGAGUGCAGCGCAAUACGUGCCUUUCCCCAUUUUCAUUGCACCUCGUCUCUUUGAGGGCAUUUCCCUCGUUCUUCUUUUCCUGGGGCUCGUCAUCAGUGCGAGCUUCAUCAUCUUCCACAUUCGCUACUCGGCCCGCGAGAGGAGUCUCGCCAAGGAAAUCCUGUGGUCAGCCGUCGCCUCACUCUUCUUGGGAUUUGCUGUCGCCUUCCUUCUUCUCUCCUCGGGCGUCUAUUACUAA